UUACCUAAUAAAUCAAAAUUACUAAACGCAAACGUCUAAUCAAAAGUCAAAGUGAUUUCUGUGCUGAUCGGGGGAUUUGACUUAAAUUAAGCAAAUUUACGGGGAAAAUGAGCUGAAUUAAUAGAAAAUAGUUACGCAAUAUCUUUGAAAAUUUAUCGUCGCAUUGUACUAUACAAUUUUGGUUUGCCAUGGAAUUCUUUUCGGAGAUUAUCGGUGAAACUGUGAUACUGGGACUAGACUCCCUUGUUUUGGGCUUUUGUAUAAAACAGCUGAGUAAAUGUAAACAUAUCCUGAAUGCCUUGCAGACAGCUCCAGUUUUAGACAUAGAUGGCACUCUGAAUAAAGAAAUCAACAAGUAUUCAAACAACACCAUUCCUUACGUGGUGAUCCGAGGUCUGGUGAAGCCCCUUGGGAACCCCAUCACCAGUAACUACAACAACUCAGUCACUGGAGUUGUACAGAGGUUAACAAUCAAAGAACAUGUCAUUGCUAGGACAUCAGCAGGCUUCUGGUCAGACCAGACUCGCACAAUACAUGAAGUGUACAACUCCACACCGUUUGUGCUCAACAGCGGGAAGUAUAGUAUCGAAGUAGUGGAUGCACUCGCUGCUGAGUUACUAGACAUGGACGUGAUAUCCGAUAAGUUUGAGCCGAUGUCGCCGGGGGUCAUUGACCACGUGUGGGGCUUCUUCUCCGGCGUCCGGCAGCGCGGCCUGCAGACCAUGGAGGAGAUGUUGCGCGACGGAUCCUACAUCACCGCGAUAGGAGAGCUCAGCAGAAGCAACACCGGAGCACUUAAGAUACAACCACCUAAGGAUGGACUACCACUUUAUUUGACGACCGCUACUAAGUCCAGCUUAUUGAAACGCCUGGCUAGCAACCGGGAUUUCUUAAGAGUGUUACUGGUGAUGGUAUGCACGGUGGCGGCGGUGGCAUCGAGCCGCAUCGCUUACAAGCUGAUCAAGCGGCGCCGACGCCGCGCGGUCGAGGACUCCAUGAAGAAGCAGCUGGCGGCCGGCCGCCGCGAGCGAAGGGCACACGCGCGCGAAAGGAAUCUCGCCGACGUACAGCUGUGCGUCGUGUGCACGGAAAACCCUAAAGAGAUCAUUCUGUUGCCGUGUGGCCACGUUUGCCUCUGCGAGGACUGCUCAGACAAUAUCACAGACAACUGUCCCAUCUGUCGAGAGAGGAUAGAGUCCAGAGCGCCCGCAUUUAUCACGUAGAUAAAUAAAUGCAUUGUUGUAAAGUAAGACGGUGAUUUGUACAAUACAGAGUGAUAUAUUUACAAGUGUUAUAAACUAAGCUGUCUGUCACUCUCACGUAAAGUAAAUAGGUGCUAUGUCGACGUGUAAUAAUAGAAAAACUGUUGUAAAUGGCGCAUGCAGAUUAUUUGUGUACAUACGUAAAAAUAUUCGAGAAGUUGGUCAGCUAAUGUAUUCUUACAGAUAAUAUCUCUUUAUAAGUUUGAUUUUAAUUAGUAUACAUUUGCACGGCAGGUUGUUAAAGACAGCAUAUCCCGUUUCAAAGCAUAGUUACACAAUAAAUUAUAGAAAAAAAUGAUGUUGUAUCUCAACAGAUACAUGUGUCAAUAUUGUUAAGCCUAGUGGUGUGAUAAAGAAAUUAAUAAAUGUUUGUAAUAUA